GGCAUAUAUGAUACAUAUGUGAUACCUCCAUAAACAUCUCAAAACGAAAAAAUGUGUGAACUCCCACUCCCAACACAAAUAAGGAGAUUUAAAUCUGGAAACCUCAUAUUUGUGUCAUGGUUCCGAAGAAGAUUCUUCAAAUGAGGAUAAAAUACGCCAUUUCUCGACGCUAUGGGCUCGACGGUAUUGGCGACCGUCAGCAUCAAAUCGCAUUCUGUGUGUUUUCUCGACGGUCUUCCGGAUUCUCACAUAUGGAAGAUUCUCUGCCUGCCUUAAAUCUUGUUCUCAUGGCGGUCAGGUCAGGUCAGGUCAGAUCCCCCUUUCUCUUAGAUCUAUUAUCCAUGGAGGUGCAGGUUUCAUAUUGUGCAAGUGCUGCUAGAAUUCAUGCCACAUUAGUGCAAAAGAAAAGCAUGUUUAUACCUACACUUAUUAGGUUUGCUUUUGACAAAGGGACGAUGAAAAUGGAUGAUGUUGCUACCAUUGGUGUGACAUUCGGUUCAUUGUCUUUAUCUCUGAGCUGGAAUAUUCAUUUGCAAAAAAGGCAAGGACACUAGGCUGCUAAAGUUUGAAGGUGUUAGAAAAUUGCAAAAGCAACCGAGACAUUCCUGGGUUAUAACACUAUGGCUCCAUACAUCUGACCCUAAACCUGCCUAAGACAGAAACCUUACUAGAGGUAUCGAUGCAAUGGUAAUGACCUCAGGCAGGCUUUAAGAUUCUAGCAUUCUUGCUCAAUCAAUUUGGAGGCAAAGUACCUGGCUCAAUUCCCGAGAUUAAGAAUUUUGCGUUUACAAGAUUCAAAGCUGAAUACCACCUUUUUUGUAAGCUGGAUGUGAAUCUUCCAAAUGCAGUCAUAGUUUACAGUUCCUCAAGUUCAGUGCUGAGGAGUUUGUAGUUACUUGGUCAAGUGGAAUUACGAGAUGUUUUGGUGGACCUCAGGCAGGUAAGCAAUACACACCAACAACAUCCCCUCUCCGGAUUAAGGCGUUUGGUGUUGUUUUCAGCUGCACAGGUGCUGCUUCUUGCUGUUGCAGGGUGUGGGUUGUGCUCCUGGUGUGUGCAGGCUGUUCUGCAGGGAGUCCAGGUGCUGCAAGUCUUCAGGGAGUGUGGUGUUCGAUUGCUGAUGUGUGCAAUCUUGUGUUGUGUACCCUUUUAUUGUGUCUCCUGUGUUUGGUUGUUAGGGAGUGGUCUGUACUCCUCAAACGUUUUCGUUGUUUCGUUGUCUAGAUGCUUUUGUUCAUACCUUUUGGUAUUAAAUUUGUGUUUUGGAGAUAAAUAGCUAGCUAAUUUGAUAGUUUGUACAUGUGUAAACUUAAUUUGAUGAUAUGAUAUGAUUUGGAGCGAGCUAAGUACGUAUUA